GCAAAAGUCAUAACCUUUGACACUUUUUAUCUCACCAUCUCUCUCUCUCUCUCUCACAAAGAAACAAACAAGACAAAUCUUUCUCUCUCUUUAUUUUAUCCUAAAAUUUCCUAUCUGAUUUCUUGCUAUUGAGCUUAAAUUUUACCUUCCGGGUAUUCAAAAAGAUCUCAUUUUUUCUUCUAGCUCUGUAUUUUCUCAGGAAAUUUCUUUCUUCUUUUUAGACCCUUUGUCAUGAGCUAAUUUUUAUCUUCCGGGUGAUGAAAAAGAUCUCAUCUUUUAGCUUAGGAUUGAGGGAGUUUCGAUUUUUUACUUUGCACUUUUCCUUGGAAGUGAUUUGGUGGAACUCAUGGUGAUUGGUUUCUUCCUAGGGUUAUUAGAGAUUGACUUCUGGAUUUUUCACGCGCCUUGGAUUUGAUCUAAUGCACCCUCUCUUUUUCAUGUCUUUUAUCUGGUUUAGAUUUUGAUAUUUGAGAUCUUUUGUUAUAGGUUGCAAGUUCUGUGUUUUUUUUAGUCUUUUUAGUUUCUGUGUUGAUUAUGAUUCUCUUGGUUUAGGAGAGAUUUGGGUGUUUAUUGAUUGAGUUUGAGAAUUGUGAAAUUAGGGUUAUUUUUGGUUCUCUGAUCUGAAACUUGGGUAGAAGAAAAACAUGGAAGAAGUUGAAGCUGCUAACAGAUCAGCUGUAGAAAGCUGUCAUGGAGUGUUAAAUCUCUUGUCACAACAAACCAGUGAUCCCAAAUCCUUAAUGGUUGAAACAGGAGAAGCAGUUUCCAAGUUCAAGAGAGUAGCUUCUCUGUUAACUAGAGGGUUAGGCCAUGGAAAGUUUAGGAGUAUCAACAAGUUUAGGUCAUCUUUUCCUCAACACAUCUUCUUAGAGAGCCCUAUUUGCUGUGGUAAUGAUUUAAGUGGUGAUUACACUCAAGUUCUUGCACCAGAGCCACUUCAGAUGGUUCCAGCUUCUGCUGUUUAUAAUGAAAUGGAGCCAAAACACCAAUUGGGUCAUCCUCCAUUGAUGCUUAGUCACAAAAUGUGUGUUGACAAGUCGUUUCUGGAGUUAAAGCCACCGCCUUUUCGUGCUCCUUAUCAGUUAAUCCACAACCACCAGCAGAUAGCUUACUCGAGGAGCAAUAGCGGUGUAAACCUUAAGUUUGAUGGAUCUGGUAGUAGUUGCUAUACUCCGAGUGUAUCAAACGGAUCAAGAUCAUUUGUGUCAUCUCUUAGUAUGGAUGCUAGUGUAGCAGAUUAUGAUAGGAACUCGUUCCAUUUGACCGGAUUAUCCUGUGGGUCUGACCAUAUAUCGCAGCAUUCCCGGAAGAUGUGCUCUGGUAGUUUGAAAUGCGGAAGUAGAAGCAAAUGUCAUUGUUCCAAGAAAAGGAAACUGAGGGUAAAACGAUCAAUCAAGGUGCCUGCAAUCAGUAACAAGAUUGCAGAUAUUCCUCCAGAUGAGUAUUCAUGGAGGAAGUAUGGACAGAAACCGAUAAAGGGUUCACCGCAUCCACGGGGAUACUAUAAAUGCAGCAGUGUGAGAGGUUGUCCAGCAAGGAAGCAUGUGGAGCGAUGUAUCGAUGAAACUUCAAUGUUAAUUGUAACUUACGAAGGCGAGCAUAACCAUUCAAGAAUAUUGUCUUCACAAUCAGCUCAUACCUGAUGAAACAGAGUCUAAUAUGCCUGUCUUUCGUCUACUCUUGGAUUUGAAGAAGAAUGAAUUUGAUUCUAGAAACCGGUCUUUGUAGCUCUGAUUUGCAAUUGUAUAUUUCCACUUUGACAUGAGUUUUAAGAGCACUUGUGAACUCGGGUUCUGUGGUGGCAGACAGUAGCAAGAAACAUCAACAAUUUGGUAUCAACCGAGCUUUUUCUUA